CAUGAUAUCGAGCCGCUGUUUUUUGAUGUCCCCUCUGUUCAUGUUUGCUUCUUCUCAUUUCUCGCCUCUAGUCUCAGCUCGCAUUCUCUCCAAGCGUGCCAAGUCCGCCAUCAUGCACUUAUAAUUCGAAUCCGAGUCAUAUACCAAGAUUCCAACAAAUCGAAUUGGUUAUCUUGCCCAAUAAUUCACAGCCGACACAUACCAGACGCCUCUCCCGUGUGUUCUCCCUUGAGAACGACCUUCCCCUUUAUAUAGGGCUACCCAAGGUAUCAUGGGACAGCAUUCCCGGCUUCUGCCACAAGCAACAAUGUUGAAACCUUCAAACUCCUCCUUCAUGGAGAAGACUAGGCCCCUGAGGAAUAGGGUGGCAGAGAAGAUCGAGUGGGUGAAGCUUCGUACGCCAAAGGUCGUAAAAUCGAGAGCAUUUCGAAGAGCGGCGACUAUUACAUCUGCUGUGUUCUUUGCUCUUUCGUUCAUUAUCAUUUUGGCAAAGUUGACGAAUGCUGGUUUCUUUAUACCGAAACUUGUCAGCCAUAUCUCGAGAUAUCCCACGUGUCAGAGUAAGGGGAUUAAUGGGACAAGAGAUAUAUGGGAGGCUUCACAGAAGAAGUACGAGAACCUGAUGGACGAUAAGUUUACAAUUGCUAUGCAAACGUAUCGUCGACCGAAGGAGCUCCAAGAAACGCUUAACAUCAUCCUGAGCGAGGAAGUUCCCUCGCUCCUCGAAAUAGUCGUUGUCUGGAACGAUCUCGAAAACUAUCCUCCAGAUGACUAUGUUUCCAAAUACGGAGUCCCUGUCCGAUUCCGAAAGUCGAAGCGCAACAGUCUCAACGAAAAGCUCUGGCCCGAUCCAGACUACAAGACACAAGCGAUUCUGCUCUCGGACGAUGAUGUCUACUAUCACCCGAAUGAUCUCGAGUUCGUCUUUCAGACAUGGCGCAAGUUUGGCAGGAAUCGAAUGGUCGGUGCUCUCGCUCGAUGCACACCCGUCAAUACGUUUGGAUACCACAAAUACACAUUCUGCUCCAGCAGACGGGGAGAAGAUGAGUAUAACAUGGUCUUAACCAAUCUUGCUUUCUCACAUGUGUCGUUCCUCGACUAUUACUCCUCCAACGACACCAUCAUGACACAGAUCAGAGAGUAUGUGGACGAGGGCUUCAACUGCGAGGAUCUUGCCAUGAACUACGUCCACGGGCUGCUCACUGGCGAAGGACCUCUCCUAAUCAAUGGACAUGAAAAGUAUGUCAACUUUGUUCCUAAAGUUGGAAUCAGUAUGAAGAAGGGUCAUAUGGAGGCCAGAAGUGCCUGUCUGAACGACUUUUCCGAGAUGUUUGGAUGCCACCCCUUGGUCGAUGAGUCUGGAUACAUUCAACGAGGUGUACUGGUGAUGUGAGGAGAUUCAGAAGAUAAUCGAUAUCAUUUUGAGCGUUUUGAAUCGCAACGAGGCGAGUCUCAUGUGAAUACUGUAUAACAAGAGGGGACGUAGAUAGUUGGUUGCACAGUUAACUAGGCAGAGUCAAAGACGGCUGCACCGGGAGCGUUGUAUUAUGACAAUUAUCGAUUUAAAGAAAUAAUUUAAAUUGGAAGCGACAAAUAAGGAAGCCGGGUAAUUAAUAAACCUGAAAACGUGAUCUUGACCAGGUUUUGAAACGCUCAUGAAAUCGAUUUUCAUCCAUACUUA